AUGUCACGUCCAGAACACCUAGCGCCGCCCGAGAUAUUCUACAAUGACACCGAAGCCUCCAAAUACACCGCCAACACGCGUGUACAGACCAUUCAAGCCGAAAUGACCGAACGAGCGCUCGAGCUGCUCAUGCUUCCCGCCCACCGCACUCCCGCGCUCCUCCUCGACAUCGGCUGCGGCUCCGGUCUAUCCGGUGAGAUCAUCACCGAACACGGACACGAAUGGAUCGGAAUCGACAUCUCCCCGUCCAUGCUCGAGGUCGCGCUGGAAAAGGAAACCGAGGGAGACAUCAUGCUCGCCGACGCAGGUCAGGGUUGCACCUUCCGUGCAGGCUCUUUCGAUGGAGCUAUCUCCAUCUCCGUCCUCCAGUGGCUGUGCAAUGCGGAUUCUACCUCUCACAACCCCGCAGCGCGUCUAGCCAACUUCUUCACAACCCUCUACUCGUCCCUCUCCCGCGGCGCGAGAGCUGUGUUCCAGUUCUACCCGGAAUCGGACGACCAGGUGAAGUUCAUCAUGCAAUUCGCCACAAGAGCCGGCUUUGGCGGAGGACUGGUGGUGGACUAUCCGAACUCGAGAAAGGCCAAAAAAUUCUACCUGGUGUUGUGGGUAGGUGGAGAGAUGAUGGUCGGACCCAACGGGGAAGCUGCAAAGCAGGAGCUGCCGCAAGGGCUAGUGCAUGAUCAUGAAGAUGCGGAGACGGGAAAGAGCGGCGUCAAGUACGAAAAGAGGAGGCUGGAUAGAGACGACAGAAAGGGCAAGAAGAAGAAGAGGAGCGGCGAGACCGCCAAGGAGUACAUCGUGAGGAAGAAGGAGUUGAAUAGAAAGAGAGGCAAGGAAGAUGUUCCGCUCGACAGCAGGUAUACGGGAAGGAAGAGGAAGGGCGGUUUCUAG